AUGACCUCUUCUACGGACUCUCGAAAGAGCCAAACGAGCUUGCCUAUCGUCCACAAUGUCGAGAGCGACAAGAAGGAGCUAAAGGCAGCCGACCUAGCAUCUGAGACUCCCGCGCCUUCAUAUGCAGAAGGUGGCACCCGAGCUUGGCUGGUAGUCCUUGGAUGCUGGUGUGUAGCAUUCGCCUCUUUUGGCAUAGUCAACACGUUCGGCAUCUACGAGACCUACUAUUUGCGGACCUAUCUUCGCGACUAUUCUCCCUCUACUGUUGCUUGGAUAGGCUCUCUUCAAGCCUGGGUCCAGCUCUCAGCCACUCUAAUCUCAGGUCCCAUCAGCGACCGCUACGGUCCACUAGUAAUCGUCUUGCCAUUCUCGCUGUCUUUGGUCAUUGGCAUGAUGCUCACCAGUCUUUGUACCAAAUUCUAUCAGUUCUUCCUGUGUCAAGGUGUUCUGCUCGGCGUUUCUUCAGGCCUCAUCUAUGCUCCGGCUCUUUCUGUCGUCGGUCACUUCUUUUUCGAGAAGCGCGCUAUGGCGAUGUCGAUUGCUUCUAGCGGAUCUCCACUUGGCGGCAUCAUAUACCCUAUCAUCUUGAACAAUCUGAUUCCAAAGAUUGGAUUCGGAUGGGCUCAACGUGUGUGUGGGUUUCUAAGCCUGUUUCUGCUGUGUAUAGCCGCCUUGACACUUCGUCCCCUGGACAUCAAGAGAAAGGGUUCCUUCAUACUGCUCGAGGCCUUCAAGAAGCCAGCAUACUCGCUCCAAACCGUCGCUCUUUUCCUCGUCCUUCUGGGAUUCUUUUCCCCUUACUUUUACCUCGCUGAUUAUGGCUUGGCUCAUGGAGUGUCGCCUCAUCUUACCAACUACCUGUUUGCAUUCCUCAACGCUGGGUCUCUGGUGGGUCGUGUGGGAGGCGGCUUUGUAGCUUUGAACCUAGGCAUGUUUAAUGCCACGGUCUUUGCUUGUUUUGCUGCUGCGCUGCUUAUGUUCUGUUGGCUGGCCAUUACCUCCACUGGAGGGUUAAUCGUCUUUGCUCUGUUGUUCGGAGCCACAAGCGGCAUGAUCAUCGCAUUGAUUUUUCCCGUCAUCGCACACAUGGCAGAUCAUCCCAGUCAAAUGGGAACCUAUCUCGGUCAGGCGACUUUUGUCUUUGGCUUUGCUGCUUUGGGGGGCGCGCCCAUCGUUGGUGCGCUGUUUAGCGCUUAUCCUGGGUACGAGCAGGGUAUCAUCUUUAGCGCGUCUGUCAUGAUGGCUGGCGCUGUUCUCAUUACAGGUGCUAGGUACCUGUAUGCUCCUGACAAAUUGCUUGUUUGA